AUGAAAACUAUCAUUAAUGAAUGUAUUAAAGGUAAAGUUCACGGUUCCCUUGCUCGUGCUGGUAAAGUUAAGUCUCAAACUCCAAAACAAGAAAAACAAGAAAAGGCUAAGGUCCCAAAGGGUAGAGCCUACAAGAGAUUGUUGUACACCAGACGUUUCGUUAAUGUUACCUUGACCAACGGUAAGAGAAAGAUGAACUCUAACAGUGCUUAA